AGAGAGAGAGAGAGAGAGAGAGAGAGAGAGAGAGAGAGAUGGCAGGAGAAGAAAACCAAGUGGUUCUUUAUGGAAUGCGGGUUAGUCUGUUUAGCGCGAGGGUAGAGCUAGCCCUGAAAGUGAAAGGGAUCGAGUAUGAGUUCGUGGAAGAAGAUUUGAUGAACAAGAGCGAAGCCCUCUUGCGGUACAAUCCUGUUCACAAGAAAAUCCCUGUUCUUGUUCACAACGGCGUGCCCUUCGCGGAGUCGUUGGUCAUUAUCGAGUACGUCGACGAGACUUGGAAGGAGGGUCCUCGGCUCUUGCCCCAAGAUCCCUAUGAAAGAGCCAAAGUUCGCUUCUGGGCCGGCUAUCUCCACCAGCAGUUGUUUGAGGCUGUCGCCUCUGUGAUCAAAACUGAUGGAGAAGCGCAAGAGAGAGCUGUCAAGGAAGUGCACGAGAAACUGAAGGUGUUGGAAGAGGGCAUCAAGGGCAGUUACCCCGGGGGGUCCCCAUUUAUCAAUGGCGACAACAUGGGACUCCUAGACAUUGUUGUCUGUUCAAUAUUGGGUCCUCAUAAAGCUCAGGAAGAUGCCCUCGGUGUAAAAUUUCUGGAUCCGGAGAAGCAUCCAAGGGUGACCUCUUGGGUGAAAGCUCUAACGGAGUUGCCAUUGGUGAAAGAGGCAAUGCCUCCUCAUGAGAAGCUGGUGGGCAUUCUUCAGCUCUUCAGGGCUAGGGCUCUUGAAUCUGCAGCAGUUUGAUGCUUAUAAGGGUCUCCUUGAUAAUAAAGGUCGGAACUUCGUCUGUCACACUCACAUGUUAUAUUUGAUUGCACUUCUGUGUAAUCUGAAUGUAUUUGCGGAAUAAGCUAUUACCCAGUAAAGUUUACUUCAAAUGUUUCAAUA